AUGUCCCACGCCACCGCCGCGUUCGCAAUCGCCUCGCGCGCGUGUCCGACGAGGCACGCGGUAUCGCGCGAGCGCCAAGCGUCGUCGUCGACGCGUCACGAGCGCCCGAACGCUCGAGGUCGAAACUUCGCCGUCGUCCUCUCCGCGACGCCCUCGAGCUCGAGCGCGGACGCGAGCGGAACGCGAGCGCUCGCGGUGUUCGUCAGCGGCGGUGGGUCGAACAUGCGCGCGAUUUCGGACGCGUGCGAGCGAGGAGAGGUCAAGGGACGCAUCGCAGUCGUGGUGACAAACGCGCCCGACUGCGGCGGCGCGCGGUGGGCGCGGGACAGAGGGAUCGACGUGUUAAUUUAUCCGAAAAAGAAGGCAACGAACGAAGGGUUGAGUGCGGACGAGCUCGUUCGGACGCUGAAGGAUGAGCGCGGGGUGGAUUACGUCCUACUCGCGGGAUACCUGCGGCUGAUACCGCCCGAGCUGUGUCGAGCGUACGAGCGGCGCAUGGUGAACAUCCACCCGGCGCUUCUCCCGGCGUUCGGGGGGAAGGGCAUGCACGGCGAGAACGUUCACAAGGCUGUUCUCGCCUCGGGCGUUCGCUUCACCGGCCCCACCGUGCACUUUGUCGACGAGGAGUUUGACAAGGGAAAGAUCGUCGCCCAGGCGUGCGUCCCGGUGCUCGACGACGACGACCACUUCGCGAUCGCCGAGCGCGUGCUCGAGCAGGAGCACCGCCUGUUCCCAUCCGUCGUCGCCGCGCUGUGCGACGAUCGCGUCAGGUUUCGUGAAGACGGCGUUCCUUGCAUCAUCGAUAGAUAG